UUCGUUAGCGACAAGUAUUAUUCAUACUGUCUAUGGUAUUAUUAGGCAGCGGCUAUGGCGGCUAGUAUUAGAGGUUAGCUGUGUACUUAGCUUGUAUUACUAAAGGUCGGUAGCUAAUAAGGAAUAUCCUUUUUGCAUAUUAACGUCAAUUUAAAGCGUAAUUCAUAACUUAAAUAAAUGUGGGUACGAACAGUUAAUUGAGUACGCACAGUGAGAGGUAAAAAAGGUCCCCCAAAACACCCUAACGUUAUACCGGCUCAAGUUAGCACAACAAUAGCACAACGCUAGCUAACGAUAUAGCUAGCUAAACACCCAGACGUUACGUUUGUUAGCAUUGAUUAGAGAUUACAGCCAUGACUCUGGCAGUUGACCGGGAACCCAGAAAGACUGCGGGUAACCGCUUGUCAAAGUUACUGGAUGCUGAAGAAGAGGAUGAAUUCUACAAGACCACGUAUGGAGGCUUCAACGAUGAAUCAGGAGAUGACGAGUAUCAUGGAGAACAUUCAGACACAGAGGAUGAGGUGGACAGCGACUUUGACAUCGAUGAGGGUGAUGAGCCAGACAGCGACCAGGAGGAGGAUGCUCCUCGGCGGAAAAGUCGGGUGGUCACUAAAGCGUAUAAGGAACCAAUAAAGGUGGCAAAACCCAAACCCAAAAGGCCGUCCGAGGAACAGAAGAAGACUGAGAAAGUUAAAGUGGAGCUCAAAAGGAGGAUUCCACAAGAAUUCCAAGAUUUUGCAGAAACUCGGAAGUCUGUGCGACAGUCUACCAGUGAACAUACCCGAAAGACCAAUCUACGCUUGCAAGAGCGUCAAGAUGCCCCUCGGAGAAGGAGAGGUGCUCAUCGGGACCGGCCCCUUACCCAGGAAGAACUGCUGGCUGAGGCCAAAAUAACAGCAGAGAUCAACAUUCGAUCUUUAGAGAACUAUGAACGUCUGGAGGCAGACAAAAAGAAACAGGUCCACAAGAAGCGGCGUUUUGAAGGACCAACCAUCCGUUACCAUUCAGUCUUGAUGCCACUAGUCUCUCACUCACUCCUGAAAGAAGAAAACGUGGAUGUUGAAGGGUUGGAUCAGGACGUCCCUCAAACUGCACCACAAAAUCCCACGACGUCGUCCCAGCAGCCUGCCGGAGGCCUGUGCUCCCGUACUUACAUAACAUUCAGUGAGGACGAAGCUUUCGAGGUGGCCUUUCCACACAGCGCCCAGUCGAGUCCUCAGCUGCCCGUCCAGGAGGUUUGUCCUGUCACUCACAAGGCUGCACUGUACCGAGACCCGGUCACUGAUAUACCUUACGCUAACGCACGAGCCUUCCGCAUCAUCCGAGAAGCGUACCGUAAAUACGUGGCUGCUCACGGAUUUCCAAACACUUCAGGAGGGGUCACAGGACUUGACUCCUCAGCAACGAAGGGUUCCCGCCAGAAAAUGGUCGUCAAGCAGAGUGCUAUGGCAACAUAGAUUAGUUUCAAAAAGGAUUUAGAAAAUACGUUUUUUCAACGGAUUAGUUUGGGCAGAGCGACUUGAUUGAGUGACAUGAGGACAAACCGACAAACUGCCAGUCUCUGUCCUCCACCAUGGGACUGUCUAAAUCUAGUUAAUCUCCAUCCAUACAAAGUAUCCUUGGCACCAGAGAUUUAUUGUUCGUUGCAGACAAUUUGGGAUUCAGCAUCUCUGUGAUUUAUACGCCACAGUUGUUGAAGAAGUUAAAUGCAUAAUUUCAGUGCUACUGUUGACUGGACACAGCAUGAAAUUACAAGAAGCAAAAGAACUUAGUAAGUAAAAAACAAACAUUACCAUAACCAAAUCAGUGGUGCAUUACCUUAAACUACAAAAAAAGUCUAUCUUGUGAUGUCUCUGUGUACAGAAAUUAAUUUUGAACAUUAACACCCUGAUUGACCAAAAAACAGGUUUGAGUGGAUGAAAAACCACUGAUUGACUUUUGAAGCAAAGUAAGUCUCCAUCUGCAUUUUUUUCUUUUUUCUUAGACAAAAUGCCUUUUUUUUUAUUGUCAAUAUAUAUGGUUUCUACAUAUUUCUCAACAAAAAUAAAUAUUUGAAACUUGAAAAAUUAA